AUCAUACAACAGUUGCCAUUUGUUCACGUGCUCAUACAACAACAUGGCUGCGAAUGUGCUAAAAGAAUCUGAAACUGGCAUGUCUGUUAAGAAAGUUGUUUCCACUGUUUCUCCUUUAGCUUUGCGAAUUGUUGCUGAAUGCCCGGUAACCAAAGCGAGAGCUUGUGAUCUUACACUUCCACACUGUACGGUCAGCACCCCCGUUUUCAUGCCGGUAGGAACGCAAGGUACAUUGAAGGGAAUCACGGUGGAUCAGUUGGAGGGACUUGGAUGUCAGAUUUGUCUUGGCAACACAUACCACUUAGGUAUGAGGCCGGGUCCUGAACUGAUUGAGAAGGCAAAUGGCCUGCAUGGCUUCAUGAACUGGAAGAGAAACCUUUUGACAGACAGUGGAGGGUUCCAGAUGGUGUCUCUUGUUGAACUUUCAGAAGUUACCGAGAAAGGGGUCAAGUUCAGAUCCCCUUAUGACGGCAAGGAGAUCCUGUUGAGUCCUGAACAGUCCAUCAGUAUUCAGAAUAGUCUAGGCUCUGACAUCAUGAUGCAGUUGGACGAUGUGGUCAGCAGUACAGUUACCGGACCCCGGGUAGAGGAGGCUAUGAAGAGGUCGAUUCGCUGGCUUGACCGCUGCAUAGCCGCUAAUAAAAAUCCAGACAAGCAGAAUUUGUUUGCCAUUAUUCAGGGAGGGUUGAACCCAGGGCUGCGAAGGGCCUGUUUAGAUGAAAUGACCAAACGAGACGUGCCCGGCUUUGCCAUUGGUGGUCUGAGUGGAGGUGAAGAGAAAGAUGACUUCUGGAGGAUGGUUACACUCAGCACCGAUCACCUGCCCCGCGAGAAACCUCGCUACCUAAUGGGUGUUGGCUAUGCUGUGGACCUGGUGGUAUGUGUCGCUCUGGGCUGUGACAUGUUUGACUGCGUGUUUCCUACCCGUACUGCAAGGUUCGGAUCAGCCCUGGUGCCAUGGGGAUCUCUCCAGAUCAAACAUAAGCAGUUUUCAAAAGACUUUCAGCCCAUUGACCCAGACUGCCAGUGUCCCACCUGUAAGAGACACACCCGGGCCUACCUGCAUGCCCUGUUCAAGAGUGACCCUGCAGCUAUGCAUCACAUCACCAUCCACAACAUUGUCUACCAGCUCACUCUUAUGCGGUCAGUGAGACAGAGUAUUGUGGAGGGUCAGUUCCCUGAAUUUGUGCGAGCCUUCAUGAAGAGGAUGUACCCCAACAGUGCCCAGUAUCCCACUUGGGCAGUUGACGCUUUAGCAUCAGUCAACAUCACACUGGAUUGAAUCGCUAAUUAGAAACUUUGGAACUGUCCCCUACAGAGACCUGUGGGAUUUUAUGGGAAAAUGCCUUUUGGAAAAACACAUUCUGACUGAAAUAUUUUUUUUUACACUCUUGUCUACAUAUGAGCAUAGGUCUCUUAGGUUGGUGGUCUUGCAGCCCGCUUACUUGGCAGUCACAUUUUAUUUCAUGUUUGUUUGGAUUUUCAUCCAUUGGCUAUGCUAAAUCAUUGGAGUUCUCCAAACAGAGUGCUGCAUGCUGUGCAUCAGACAUCUCAUUUUAGCUGACAGUAGUCAGACCCUGUGAACCAGUGGUCUUGACUGUAGACUUGGGAGUAUGGUAAUGUGAGACCGGAUGAAUGUUGAAAUCCAGGAACUGUCUCCUCAUUUAUUCAGGCACUUUUUGUUGUUACCAUGGCUACAGACCAGCGGCCUUUCCUCUGUAAAUGCCAUGCUGUUUUGUUGCUUAUUUAUGAAGGUUUCUAGAGGUUUGUAAUCACUCUUUGCCAGAGGUAAUGAACCAGUGAAGGUUCUGUUCUGUUUUGUUGGGAUGUUUAAGUGGACUCAUGGUCAGAUUGAGUUUGUGUGCUUGUGAUAUUGAGCCACUAGAGGGCAAAAUAGACAAUCUGUGGAAAAAUUACUCAAUGAAUUGAUUACAUUCUCUGCUUGUUUGACACGCUGGAGAUGUUUCCUAGAAGAAGAAGAAAGGACAUUGGCCCAGAUGUAAAUGGUUCUGUCUGAUUUGCAUGCAGAAGGCAGAGACUCAAAACAGUCCUCUGGGGGGAGGCUUUUUAGCAUCACAAUUUCCUGUGCCUGUUUCCAAGCAUUACUGUCAUGAACACAUGAUGAUGCCUAGUAUUAUGACUUGCCGCUGUCAUAAUAACCCAGGAGAACAAAGCAUAUUUAUACAAACCCACAACUUGGAAGAAACAGUUGAACAAAGUUGUAUUGCUAAUUUUUGCAUUGUGAUUUUGACAAAUAAAUAAUUCUGUUAAAUGG